CAAGCCCGCUGCCCAGCAUUCCCGCCCAAGACCGCCUCGACCAAGUCUCUUCGCACCUCGCCUCGCCCUCGACCGCUCGUGACGAAAUGGCCGCCCCGAAGAUCGUCGUUCACUGGCUCGACGACUCGCGCGCUCAGCGCAUCCUGUGGCUCCUCGAGGAGCUCGGCCUCACGUACGAGGUCAAGCGCUACAUUCGCGACACCAAGACCAACCUUGCGCCGCCCGAGCUCUACGACGUUCACCCCACCGGCAAGUCUCCCGUCGUCACCAUCACCGACAACGGCAAGACCUUCACGCUCGCCGAGUCGGGCGCCAUCACCGAGUUCAUCAUCGAGCGCUACGGCGAGCGCCUCGGCCUAUCGGCUUCGUCGUCCGACCCGCAGGAGCGCGCCGAGUACCUCUACUGGCUGCAUUACGCCGAGGGCUCGGCCAUGGGCCCGCUCAUGUUCUCGCUCGUGUUCACCCAGAUCGGCCUCCAGGCCCCCUGGGUCGCACGCCCGAUCGUCAACCUCGUGACGGGCGCGGCCAUGAGCCAGUUUGGCCUCCCGCGCCUCAAGGCCAUGUUCAAGCACGUCGAGGCGAGCCUUGAGGGCAAGGAGUACUUUGUCGGCAACAGGCUCACCGGCGCGGACGUCAUGAUGUCGUUCAUCGCCGAGGGCCUCGCCGCCACGCCGCUCGACGUGAGCCGGUACCCGAACCUGACGAGGUGGCACGAGGCCAUCAUGGCGCGUCCGGCGUACGCCGCCGCCGAGGCGAAGGGAGGGAAGAACAACAUGGACCGCUUUGUCAAGUAGCUCGCUCGCCGCCUGCUCUCUGUGUACCACGUUCCCGAGCUCGUCAAGUCCGUCCAUGUGCAACUCGAGUCCUUCUCGGUC